AGCUGGUGUGAACGUAAACAUUUAUAUAUAUAUGACAUUAACACUACAGCUUAAAGCUUGACUUUUGCAUUUCUUAUUCUUUUAAAGUUAGACAAUCAAGCUGAUUUAUUUCUCCUUUUCUCGAAAUGGAUAGUUUAAUCGUUAAGAAAGUACUUCAUACCGGAAACAAAGAAGUUACGUUUAUACCCGGAACUAAGGUGAUUUUCCACUUUAAAACAACAAAAUGUGAUUCAGACAAGACUGUCAUCGAUGACAGCAAAAAAAUGGGCAAGCCAAUGGAGUUGGUUCUAGGCAAACAGUUCAAACUCGAAGUUUGGGAGGCUAUUGUGCAGAAAAUGUCUGUAAACGAAGUUGCAACUUUUACUGUUGAUAAAAGUUUGGUCACAGCGUACCCUUUUGUAUCCAAGACUCUGCGAGAAGCUGAUAAACCAAAGGGGGAAAAACGUAGUCAUCACUGUUGUGGUGUAACGCUGCAGAAUGAAGGAAUAGGUUAUCCUGAUUUAGACGAUCUCAUUAAAAAUGCUCAAAACUUGGAAUUUACCAUAGAACUACUAGAUGUGAUCUUACCUCACGAAUAUGAUAAAGAAUCAUGGCAAAUGACGGAAGACGAAAAAUUGAAAAUUAUUCCAGUUUAUAAAGAAAAAGGAAAUGCUUUAUUCAGAGACAAAAAGUACGAAGCAGCGGCAAACAUUUAUGCCCAAGCAAUUGGAAUAAUAGAACAGCUUAUGCUGGCAGAAAAGCCAAAUGAUACGGAAUGGCUAGAACUGAAUAGUAUGAAGUUACCCUUACUUUUAAACUUUGCUCAAUGCAAACUGAUAAAUCAAGAGUACUAUGUUGUGAUCGAGCACUGCACUACAGUGCUGAAAUAUGAUCCAAACAAUGUCAAAGCUCUGUACAGAAGAGGAAAAGCGCAUAUCGGAGUUUGGAAUGAGGAAGAAGCCAUUGCGGAUUUAACUAAAGCAGCAGAGCUAGAUAAAUCACUUCAGCACGGUAUAAAUAAGGAGUUGCAAGCGUUUGCUGCUUCAGUCAAAGAAAGGAAUAAGGCAUACAAAAAACUCGCAAACAUGUUUAGUACUUAA